GGGGUUGCUGGUCGUCGACAGCUGAGUAUCGCUGAGUUUAGUGUGAAUCGUCGAACCGGCAGCACCAGCAGCACCCGCCGCGGCAGCAGCAGCUACUUCCAACUCUAGAUUUCUGCCCAUCUUCACGUAGAUCGGCCGAGUUUAUUGCCGAAAAACCGGAAAAAUCGAAAAGAAAAUCCUUUUGUGCCCGUGGUUGUGGUUUGGUAGCAGCAGAUCGGUUCUGAUUCUCGGUGCCAAAAAGAGGAACUCUAUCAUCACGGAAGGACGAUAAGAGGAUAAUUGUGACAAGUCCCAGAUACAUUCGACGGCGUUCGUGGUGAUCAACAGUGUCCCGUUUGUCGGUAUCCUUAGUGAAGUGGUUCGAGGAAAGGACUCAACAACACACAGCUGUUGUUGUUGGCUUGGUGUGGUGGACUUUACGACUGUGUGUAUUCCGCGCUCUGUCACGUUCGCCUGGGGACACCGGAAUCACCAAGUGGACACCAGGAGUAAGUGGAAUCCGUGGUGUAAAGGACGAGACCUCCGAACGCCGCUUUCGGACAAGGUCGCUAAAGUCUUUCCCCGAAUACAACUUCGAGGAUUAGCUCGUGGAUCGCGUAGACCGAAGUGUUUGUGCGCGUGUGUGUGCAGGACAUCGGCGACGUCACCGUCGUCGUCGAUUCCCUUUAAACGCCGACGUCAUAGGCGCGUUGAUAAGCAAGGCGACGACGUCACUCCUAGUGCGUGUGCUGCGUUCGCGUGUGUCUGUGGCCGUUGGUUAAUCAUUUGAAUUGAAAUUGAAAAGCGCCACCGUACACCGCCCCCCGUCUACUGGAGGAGGCCCCGCGUUUGGGGAAUUUGGAGCAUGAACUAGAAACACGCAGCAGCCAGCGGCUGUUGAUCAUCAUCAUCAUCAUCGUAGUGUGCCGUGCUCGUGAGAGAGACAGAGCGAGAGUGAGUGAGUGAGUGAGAGAGUGAAACAGUAGAAGAAGAGAAGAAGCACAUGGUGUGAAGUGGAACGGGUUUUCGGAAACGGAAAUGUUAUAACACUUGGCCGGAAAGGAAGAGUGUGUCGCCAGUGCGUUAGUGUUGUGGUACUAGCAGUAGUGGAGUUCCAGUGCAGCAGGAGAAGCCAGGAGGGGUGUCUCCGGUACCAACGGCAGCACCUUGUGCUGCACGACACAAAAAAAAGGACACUUUGAUCAAAUUUAUCAGCCGUCUGUGUGAUACCAUGACCCUGCCAACAAACAGUAGUGCCACGGUGGCGGAAGAUGAUUCGGAUAUGUUUGGACCGCCGCACUCGUCGCCCCCGAUCCGGCGUAACCGUCCGAAGGUGCCGAUGAUCUCGCCCCAGCUGAAGCAACGGGAGGUGCGCAAGCGGAUCCUGCAGCUGUGCGUGCACAAGCUCGAGCGCAUCAAGGACUCGGAGCGCAACCUGCGGCGCUCGGUCUGCAUCAACAACACCUACUCCCGCCUCACCGAUGAUAUCCGGCGCGAGAAGCAGCACAAGCUGCUGAUGCUCUCCAACCUUGCCACCAGUGCUGACAAUUGCAGAAAGUCCUCGAGUGCGUUCGAUGAGGAGGACGGAGCCUCGGAUACGGAUUGCAUGCACAACAAUAACAACAACAGCAGCAGCAACCAUUACGGCAACAACCAUCUACCGCACCACCAUCAUGAUGACGAGGAUCUACUGGGCGAGUUCGGGCAUAGCAACAAUGAAAACCUGAACAGCAACAACAACAACAACUGUCAGCAGCAGCAUAAUCACAAUCUCCACCAUCACCACCACCACCAUCACCACAAUCAUCAUCAUCAUCAUCAGCAGCAGCAGCAACUCCACCACGAGAACCUGCACCACCAGCACCAGCACCCGAAUGGCCAUCACCUGCAGCAGCACCAUCCGACGAACCACCAGCGGUCCGGCGUUGUCUCACAGGAUUCCUGCUCCACCUCCACCACCUCCACUGUUAACACCGCCGCCUCAUCGACCGGAACGUCUGCUGCCGCCGCCAUAAGCACUACCAGCUCCAGCCUCCCACUCAGCCCCAUUGGUGGCACCGACAACAGCGGGGCCAGCGAACGGCAACCACGUAAGACGUCAUCCGUCGAGACGGAUCUGGAGACGCUCGAUCGGGAGUUGUGCGCACUGGACGCGGCCAUGCCACUGGUGGAUCCGGAAAUCACGCAAGGAGCGGAACAGCUGGAACAGGCGAUGGUUUCACGGAAGCGCAAGUUCGCUUCGAUCGAUGACGAUGACAGCGAUCGGUUGGUGAGGGAGGCACUCUCGCAGAUUUGCUUCCCAAGUGCUGGCCGGUUGCUGACCGGUAUCGACGAUUGUCCACCUGCACCAACAUCUCCUUCCGCAUCUGAUGCUUCCUCUGCGACCGACGACAGUUCCAGCAACGGUAUCAGCACGUCAUCAGCACCGUCAGAGAGCACCUCCUCCUCGUCAUCGAUUACGACGUCGUCGUCAUCAUCAUCUUCCACACCGUUCGAGCUCGGUCAAAGCAAACGGGCCAAGUUCGGGGAUCUGUUGGAGCAGCAGUUCCAGCUCCACCAUCAUCACCAUCACCUGCACCACCACCAAACGUUUGUCAAUCCGUUCCUGCAUCCGUCGUUCCACCAUUCGCUACCGGAUUUGGCCGGGUUCGAUUACCAGGUGGCGCACCAUCACCAGAAAGAGUUCGAGGUCAUCAUGGAGGCGCUCCGGCUCGGUGUUAGUAACGGGGGUGCGAUGGCAGCUGCGGCCGUGGUGGCUGCUACGUCGGCGGCCGGAGCUGCUGCAGCAGCGGCCGCAGCGGCUGCCGCUGCCGCUGCCACCGGGAAUGCAACCGGAACGGCCGCACUUGGCUGUGGUGUCGGUACAACGGGUGGUGGUAGCGGAACCAGCGUCGUUACCGGAAGUGCUCACCACCACCACGGUCAUCAUCAUCAUCACGGUGGCCAGACGGCGGCGAUGGCGAUGAUGUCCGGAGCGACCGUAGUACCGCACGGUGGUGGUGUCGAUGGCGGUGUAGCGAACGGUGGUGGUUCAGCGACGACAACGGCGACGACGACGGCCAUCGAUUCCUGUGGCCAGGCCGCCAUGCUGAUGGGCACCGAUGGUGGGGCGAGCGUGUUCCAUAAUCUCGUCGUUACGUCGCUGGAAACUUGAAAGUAGGCCGUCCCAGCGGACCAACGGAGGGAGUGAGUGGUGGCCACGGAGCCGGGUGUGCUCUGCGACCGAGCGCCAGAGUGUCUCUCUUUCUCUUUCAUUCGCGCGCGCUCUCUCUCUCUCUCUUUUGAUGAACUGUGGCGGUGAUGGCGGUGGACUGGCCUGGCCUGGCCUGGCCCGGUGGGGUGGGUCAGCGCUUUAACGUAAUUCUUAAUUUAUUUGCCCUGAAUACUGUGUGCACUCGUUCGUCGCACCUCCUCCACCCCUCUGCCACCCGCCCAAACUCUACUUCUAACUCUCGUUAACCUAACCGAGCAAGCGACCGACCACCACCAAAGAAUGCAAACGAGAAUUCUUAAGACAGAGAGAGGAAGAAAAGUGAGAGAGAGAGAGGAGAGAAGGUGACAAAGAGAUAAUGAAAGAGGGAGGGGAUGGGGGUGAGGGUGGCCCAUGUUACCUAACAUUCGAUAUGCAGAAUGCAGCAGCGAGGAGAAGAAAGAUCCCGAUUAGUAAAAUUUAGUUUUAAUUUCCAGCCCCCUUUCUUUCAGGGUUGUAGGACAAUUCUUAUUUUGUGUAGCUUAAUUUGUCCCAUUCUGUCUCCUCCGGGGGGGCUAAGGGCAGGUGUAGAAUGUAUUGUUUAUUUAACUUUAGUUUUGUCAAACCAUACAGACACACUCACACAGGCACAUACUACCGCAGGUUAAGAACGGUUAAUUUAAUGCAUUAAUUAUUAUUAUCAUUAUUAUCAUUAUCCUUAACGUCACCAACAACAACAACAAGACUCGCCAAAACAGAGCAUCCCUUUAUCGAAGGGAAAGAGCGAUAGUGGGAGAGAGAGCAUUUGAGGAGAGUUGUCGGGAGGUGAAAUUGUGCAACAAUUACUCAGAAGGGGGUUGCACACCCCCAAUUUCCCCCCACCACACGAAAGACCGUUCCACGGUUAAGGGAUGCAAUUUUUUUUUCCAAUCCAAUCUCGCUGCUCGAGGGCCUCGUUGUGGCUCGGUGUUUGUGUCUGUUUGUGUGCCACCCCAGAGGUAGAGUGAAAAGUGAAAAUAAUGGCCAAAGCCGUACCCGCUCUCCUUUCCUUCCCUUCGCCGCCGCCGUCGUCGUCGUUGGUUGUUGCCACACAGUCCUGUCUCGUUCACACUGAUACUGUGCUCGAGCUUUCGGGAGGGUGGGAGGCCACGGCGUAUCGGCAUGCGAAAGGAGGAAGUUCGAAGGCACAAACUAUCUGCAUCGCCAGCACCACCCCCUUUUUCCUGUUGUGUCUACCAGGAAAUGGGGUUGCUUCGUGUUGCGACGCUUGUAGUACUCACGAUGGAGACGCACAGCAGAGAGCUUUUUUGGGAGAGAUUCCUAUCAAUUCGCGAAGGACGAACCAGGGAAGUAAUGCCACAACUUGGUGUGAGUGUUUGCGCCCGGUUUCCGGUGUUGGCACGCGCAUCGCAUCGCGUCGCGUCUCGCUUUCGAGAUCGUCUAACGGGGAUCGCAGUGUCUUGGUCUAAGGCAGCCAAGCACACCUGUACGCUGGCCUCGAAUCGCAUCGGGGCUCUAAGUAGGCGACGGCGACGACGAUCCAAGCUGUGAGUGAGACAGAGCGUGAGCGAGUAACGGGGAGCAAGACACCAAGCGAGACGGCGUGAUAUAAGUGAAAGUGCUGGCAGUGGCAGUAGCAGCAGCAGCAGCAGCAGGAACAGAAGAAACAUUUAAAUCGCUUCGUGGUGCGGUAUUACGAUGGCGACGUGUCCGCCAGGUUGUUGCGUGCAUGGCCCUAGGUGUGUUUGUUUCGGAGUGAGUAGUGGUAGUAGUUUGUUCGAACCACAGAGCGCACUUUUUCUAGUAAUCGCUGGCUACUAAGACUUGCGAUGCAGUUACAUUGUAGAAGCAUGCGUGCGUGCGUUCACGCUGGUCACCUCAAAGCCAACAAAAAUGCUCCGCCUCAAGAAAACUGUGUCAUCUCGAACCACUUCCAGUGCGUAUUGAAUUGAUUCCGGCACCUUUUUUUUUUGUUCGUGAUUUUGGGACCACACUUCACACUCCGUUCCGCGGGUGUAGCAUUAGGUGAGCAUAAUAAUGCUGCUUUACUACGUGCGCCUCCUUUGUUUCUCACGCUGCUGCUCACGAUUGGUGCGAUUGGUGUGCUUAGGAAGUGCGGCACCACCAUCACGCGGUGGUUGUUGCGGAGUUUUUUUUUUUGCUUCCAAAUUAUCAGCGCUCCACCACGCAAUGAGCCCUCCUCACUGGACCCCCUUCCCAUGCUUAGGGGUGGAAAACUCCGUUAUGUGCUGGGCCGCAAAAAAGGGCUCACCAACAAUCCCUCCACAAAUGAGCGUGUGAGAGGGAGAGAGAGAGAGUGAGUUGGCUCGCUGGCCACCGCCGUCGACGGUGAUGAUGAUGAUGAUGACGAUGAUACCGUUGUUUUCGAACGGCGAGGUGUCUGAGGCGGGUGCGCAAUUCGUAACGUUUCGAAAUUUUCCAACCCACGUUCUUCAGACAACCCAACAAACACAGCCACCGAGCGCCUCGUGGUGGUGGCAAUUGGGGAGGGUGGUGGUUGGAGUGUUGUCUGGCCGUGCCCAUGCCGCUUUGCAUCGCUUCUCCGCGAUCUUUGCCUUACCGUUACUAUCUACUCUCGCUCUCUCGUCCCUGUCUCCCGCCAGACACGGUGCUCUGGUCGAUUGGUUUCGUUUCGUUUUUUUUUUGGUGUUGUUCUGUUGCUGCAGCUAUUGUUGCUGUUGUUAUUGGUUGUUGCUUUCGCUUUUUCGCUGACAACGGUUCCCUUCUGGAGCUGUCGCUGGUCACGGGGGAGUAUUGGACACUCGUCCUGUUCAUGAUGCCGUUUGUUAAUUGAUGUUUGUCUCAAGAAAAGCAAAGAAAAGUAACAAACAUUUAACGUCGUUCGUUUCGUCAAAGAUUGCUUUCUGUUGCAUUUGUUUUCGAAUUUGAUUCGUCUCAAAGUUUUGUGGCCAAAAAAGUGUUAAAGAAGGGACAGGCAGCGAGGAAGCGCGGCAGCUGCAAAUGUCCCGAUGCAAAAUACCAAAUUAAUGAUACUAGAUAACGGUGCACUCUGUGCGAACACCACCAUAUUUUGAAAGGCGCGUGAUGAGAUGUGAUCGAGUAGUUGGAAACAGAACAAUUAACUGGCAAAAAAACUGGAGCUAUUUCAAGUAAGCAACAACACGCAGGAAACAGGAUUUAAGAAAGCAAAUUUAACAACAAAUGAAUUAAGCGAAACACUUUAACAGAUUAAGAAUGGCGAAUGUGAUUGACGGUGGAGCUAAUGACGCAGAACAGCGCCAUGAUUGGCCAUGGCGUACUUUUUAUGGACUGUCCAAACUGGAUAACAACCAUCUCGCUAACGUUAACACUCGCGGGGAAACCGAAGUUCCGAAGCACAGGUUCCCAUUUAACUUUUCACCAACGCCGGGUUUUGGCCGCGGAACCCGGGUACUAUUGGAAAUUGGGAACGAAGCAAUUGAACAAACAUGAUGGACAGAAACUUACAUAAAAGAAUGCUCCUAUAUACACAGCAAAUAUUGUAGAAAAGUAAGAACCUAGAGCAAAAAGAGGUAGGACUGAGUGUAAACGUUACACACAAAAUGAAAACAAAAAACACAAAAUAGCGCAGGAACAACCAAACCGGAUGAGGAGGAGGAGGAAGAGGAAACUCGGACAGCAAAGUGCAACUCUCUCUCUCUCUCUCACUCCCUUGUUUAGUAGAGCAAGAGAUAACGUAGGUAAACUGAAACUGACAACCGAUAAGCUGAUAAUGGCUGGAAGGGGGAGAAAAAAAGGAAAACCGCAUUCGCAUCGAGAAGUGGCCUCGUUCCUUUCGCAGGAGAAGCGAUCGAAAGGAAGCAAACAAGCAGUAACUGGCAAAAUGCGUUUCACAUAAAAGACACAAGUAAUAGGCAGCAAGUGCAGCUGUUCAAUGAGCAGCAUAAAAAAGAAAACAUACAAAACUCUAUGACAAAUGCGACAAAAAGGGUAUGGAAGAGGGGACAAAAACUACAGCAAACACCGCAAACAAAGCGUUGGAAAAGAAAUGAAAGUAAACAAAAUCUGUGAUAUUAGCCGGUAAGAGGGUAAUGCGGGAAACAUCUCUAAUGAAAUGCGGUAAUGAGUGCGAUUAAAGUGUUGGUCGGUUUGUUGGUUUUUGGUGUGUAUUUCAUGCUGAAGAAGAAUGGGCAAUGAAUGGCCGGCUAGUAAGCAAAGAGACAGUAUCGGAAAGUGGCGGAAAAAUGUGGGGAAAGUGUGUGCAGAUGAGAACUGUGAAGAACCGAAAAUAGGUCGGUACUGAAAUCGCAACCAGAUCAACCACAAACACAUGUACCAUGUAUUAAGAUAAAACAAAAUGAGUAAAGAAAACAAAUGAAAAAAAAACACAAGAACAACAUAAAAACCAUUAAUCUUUAAACAACAAACAAGUGCAUAAUAAUCGUGCGAGCAAAUGAACCAAUGAGCAUAUGGGUGAAAGAAAUGAAAAUCCCAGGGAGUAUGCCAGAGAGAGAGAGAGAGGGGACGUGUAGGAUGAGCGAGAGAAUUUGUGCGUGUGGGAAAGUUUUACAAAAGCGAGAGAGAACACUAAGUACAUUGUGGAAAGUAGUGAAAGAAAAACGAAAAAAAAAUACACACGCAGUAGAAAUGGAGGAAGGAGACGAGAAUCAAAAUCCCAAAAAAUCCAAAAAACAAACAACAAAAAAAGAAAGAAAAAGGAAAAACAUCAGCAAAGAUUUAUAGGGUAAUAUGAGUAGUGGCGAAAGAGAUAAUGUUUAAACAAGAAUUGUUUAAGGAAAGUGCCCAAUGUGCGGACGAGUGCAUGAACGCGCGGGAGGACGCCGGAGGAAAGUUCGCGUGUUCGCGAAAAAAGGAAGGAAAAUAUUAACAAUCGUGAAAAACACGGUGGGGCAUUUGAACAAAAAGCAAAACACGAAAAGAAAUCACGAAAAGGGAAGCCUCCCGAAGAGUAGACAAACGAAAUGAGAGCAAGAAUUGUUAAUAGUGUUUCCCGCUUUCUUUCCGCGCUUCCUCCUUCCCACUAGGAACUUGCACACGAACCACUCGCGCACACAUACAACAAAUGAACACACACGUGCACGCACAAGCGUCAGACGUUUGUAUUUAAUCGUAUUAGUAGCGAUUGUUUUUCCUCUUGUUUUUCUUUUGUCCUUUUUCCAAAACGGAACGUAGUGCAUUCAUCCACAAAGUGUAUAAAAAACCCUUUGAAUUAUUAUAAAAGAAAUAGAGAAAAAAGUAUGAAAAACAUUAAAA